UUUCCUACGAGAACCUCAUGCCUAAUUUUUAGGAGUACUAGUUGAAUUGAAAUCUGCGAUCCCUGGAUUUCUUCCAACUUUUAGAUUUCAGAAAACCCUAGAUUAUUCAUCUUCCAAAUUCAUGAAAAUAAAUAUAAUUUUUCUCGGGACCCACUUUCUGUUUUAAGUAUAAUAUAACUGUAUUUCAGUUAAUUUGGCCCAUACCUCUUAUUUUUUUCAUUCACUCUUAAUUUUCAAGACACUGUUGUGUUUGGAGUGAGAGAGUGUGAAAUUGAAGAAGAUGCUUAAGGAGAAAGAGAAAGAACAAUUGUUUCUUUGGAUCUUCAAGUUUGCAGGCCGUAAGAAGGUUGGAAUGCUUUUCCUCUGUCUCACUCUCAUCUCUGCUGCUGUUUUCAUAUGGGUUUUCUACGUUGGAAAAGCAGGUGAAGAUUCUCGGGAAGGAAACACCGUGCAGAGUAUUAGAGUUAAUGAAAGUGUGUCUAUGAGUGAUUCUCUGUCUGAAGUAUCUACGGAAAAAAUUGCAUUACUUCCUUCUCCACCUAACUAUUUUUUGGGCUACCAUCUUCCUAUAGGGCAUCCGUGUAAUAGUUUCACAUUGCCUCCUCCACCUGCUGAUAAAAAGCGUACCGGGCCACGUCCAUGCCCAGUAUGUUACCUUCCUGUGGAAGAAGCUAUUGCACGGAUGCCAACAUUGACCUCGCCUUCUCCGGUUCUUCAGAAUUUAAUGUAUGUCUAUGAAGAAAAUUUCAGUAGAGGUGCAGAAUUUGGUGGUUCAGAGUUUGGUGGAUAUCCUACUUUGAAGCAGAGAAACGAGUCUUUUGAUGUACGAGAGUCAAUGAGUGUGCACUGUGGAUUUGUAAGAGGAACUAAACCUGGCCGCAACACAGGAUUUGACAUUGAUGAAGACGACCUUCUUGAAAUGGAUCAGUGUAAUGGAGUGGUUGUUGCAUCAGCUAUAUUUGGAAAUUUUGACGAGAUAAAUGAGCCAAAAAAUAUAAGUGAUUAUUCGGGGAAGACUGUAUGCUUCCUUAUGUUUGUAGAUGAAGAAACAGAAAAAUACCUGAGGGGUUCUGGCAGGCUGGGAAUCAGCAAGAAGAUUGGUUUGUGGAGAGUUAUUGUUGCUCGGAAUCUUCCUUACACAGAUGCAAGACGGACAGGAAAGAUUCCAAAGCUUCUGUUGCAUAGAUUGGUUCCAAAUGCUCGCUACUCUAUAUGGGCUGAUGGAAAGCUUGAACUUGUUGCUGAUCCAUAUCAAAUUCUUGAAAGGUUUCUGUGGAGGAAGAAUGCAACUUUUGCUAUAUCAAAGCAUUAUAGACGCUUUGAUGUAUUUGUCGAGGCAGAAGCCAAUAAAGCUGCUGGAAAGUACAAGAAUGCCUCUAUUGACUCCCAGAUUGAGUUUUACAAGAAGGAGGGGUUGACACCAUAUGCAGAGGCCAAACUUCCUCUUAUAAGCGAUGUUCCUGAAGGAUGUGUAAUAGUAAGAGAGCAUGUUCCUAUUAGCAAUCUCUUUACUUGUCUUUGGUUCAAUGAAGUUGACCGAUUUACUUCAAGGGACCAGCUUAGUUUUUCAACUGUCAGGGACAAAAUUUUGUCACGGGUAGAUUUUCAUUUCAAUAUGUUCUUGGAUUGUGAAAGGCGGAACUUUGUAAUUCAGAAAUACCACAGGGAUUUACUACUGCGUCUAGCUCCACCAGUGACCACUGCUCAAAUUCCUCUGCCAUCUCCCCCACCUCCAUUGCCUAUGCUUGAAACGUCUCCCGAAAAGGUUGUAGCUUCACCGGUUGGAAGAGGCCCUGGAAGGCGUGGAAAAGAUAAAAGAUCUGGUUCCAAGCGUCACCGCAAAGUUGUUGCUGGAAGUACUGAGAACGAAGCAAGUUAAGAAGUUUUGUUCGAGUGAUUAUAUUUUUUUUUACGAUAUACUCCCACCAAUCUUAAAUAUAAGCAAAAAAGUAAAUAGUACUGCAUUUAAGGUCGGAUGGAGUAUAAGUUCCACUGCAGAAGUCAUUCAUUGCAGAGGUGGAGGGAAAAUGUGCAAGAAAACUGUUGUAUCAUUUCCACAUGGACGCUCUCAUUCUUUUCUUUAUUUUGUGCAAUUGUUCAUUGUUGUUAAUUUUUUUUGUGCUGUAUAUAGGGUAAAAUUUUCAAUAAUUAUUAUAUGGGCUGCCACUAAAUUCCUUACGUUUUAGAAAA